CGUUCCUCGAAAACUGGACCUAUAUAAACCCCUCUUCCAUUAACACAAUGAGUCUCAAUUUUGUGGCGAUUCGUGCGCGUUAUUUCUUUUACUACACACAACGAAACAAACCUAUACACACACCUAUAGAUACAAACCUUGAUAAAUCAAUGGCGUUCAACAAAAUGUUGAUCCAACGUCUGUUUAAUAUAUCCAAAGUGUCGCACCAGACGCUGACAAGCUGCCGGAUUUCAUCCUCCGCCGCCUCGCAUUUACCUCGAAAUGAGCAGGCGAUUGAUCCCGGAGACAGUUCGAUUUUCCGGCGGUUGAUGCGGUCUCCGGCGGCGGAGAUGCCGUACUUCGCGGCGGGGGAGAGGCUGAUUGAGAAGCUGCGGGGAAUGGAGAUUGGGAGGGAUCGGAUUCGGCUGGACGGGUUGAGUCCACCGGCGACGGCGGCGGCGGGGAGGUUGACGGCGGAGGACGCGAGGAAGCUGAUGAAGGUGGCGCAGGUGGAGAUGGUGAAGGAGAAGAUGAGGAAGAGUGGGAAGAGCUGUGUGAGCUAUGAUGAAUUUGUCAAGAUUUGCGUGGAAGGCGCGUGGAGUGAAGAACAAGGGUUCGAGAUUGCGAAGAUGCUUGAUGAGUCAGGGAAUGUUCUUGUGUUGGACAAAGUUGUGUUUCUUCGUCCUGAUCAGGUAGCAAAAGCCAUUCAUGGCCUGAUGCCGGUACCUGUAGCCCACCCAGAGGAUCCCAGGAGAAAGGAGCUUGAAAUAUUAGAGGAGGAGAAGGCAAUUAUUGACAAAAAGGCAGAAUCAUUGGUUCGUAGGGAGCUCUGGUGUGGGCUUGCCUUCCUAAUGGUUCAGACAGCCGGUUUCAUGAGGUUAACGUUUUGGGAACUGUCAUGGGAUGUCAUGGAACCUAUUUGCUUCUAUGUUACAUCAAUGUACUUUAUGGCUGGUUAUGCGUUCUUCCUUAGGACGGCCAAGGAGCCUUCUUUCGAAGGUUUUUUCCAUAGCCGAUUCAGCACCAAGCAAAGGAAGCUGAUGAAGGCCAACAAAUUUGAUUUGCAAAGGUACAAUGAGCUGCGAGAAGCUUGUUAUCCUCAGCCAUGGCCAAGGGAAAAGUCUGCUAUUUUCGGAGUGCCUCAUGAUGAUUACAAAUCUAAGAGCAUGGAGAGUCCUGCUUCACAACAAUAUAACCUCAGAUAGAAUAUCAUAUCUAACAAAUUAUCAGGCAAAAGAAAAAUGCCAUACCCUAUUUUUUUUUUUUUUGUUAUGUUCCUUGUUGGCGGCUUCUGUAACAUUGAUCCAGAGAGGAAUUAUCAUUUGCUAAGUAUGAACCUUAUUAACAUUUCCCCAAGAUGUGUGGGUGAUUGUAUGCACAAAUAUACUAAUACCAAAACAUGAAGUUGCUAAUGGUAUAGCAGAAUAUUACCCUUUGUUUUCA